CGUGCCUCCGCUGAUCUCUCGCUGUCAUUCGGCCACGGUGGGUUCCAGGAGAGAGGGGCAGCUACGAAAUACACGCAAGGAUCGGCUGGCUCUAUAGAAAAGACAGCAAGCAAAAAAAAAUAUAUAUAACCCCAAAAAACCAAACGGAUAAUGAAACCGAGCGAAUAAGGUUUAGAAAGGGAACCCCGCUGAGCUGCCACGUUAACAAAGCUAUUUAAUGAUUGAGUCCAGAUCAGAGGCAGCAGAUAGUGAGCUGUGUCAUUGAGAGGCAGGACACGUCAGGAGAAGGGAGAGAGAGAGAAAAAAAGCUGACCGACUGCACUGUACGAGUCAGCUAUUAAAUCGCCUUUGAAAAGCUUUGCCUGCCGCACUCAUCGCUUCAAGGACAUCCUCUCGCUGUCAGGCCGAAGCAAAGAAGCUCGACAAAAAAAGGUACCGCCGAGGUCGAAAAGGGUGGUUGGAAGUCAGACCAAAGAGAUCGCAGAAUUGCAUUUGUUCUGGGGGAGAGAACAAAUGGGGGAUUACGGGUUCGGAGUCCUAGUUCAAAACAACACUGGCAACAAGUCUGCGUUCCCGGUCCGAAUCCACCCGCAUCUACAGCCCCAGCAUCACCAUCAGAAUGUGUCUCAGAGCCCCGGUGCUUUCAUAAACAGCACCACAGCCACGGGGAAUGGCACCACGGGAGGCUCACCCUGGCUCUUUGCUGCCUCCGCCACCCACAACAGCGUGCAAGACGAAAUCCUUGGGGGCACAGAGAAGCCCAAAGCACAGCAGCAACAGGAAAUGCAAGAAACCCAAGAAAAGCAGCAGCAGUUGUCUCCCGUGGGUCACCAGGAGACAGGGAGCGGUGGUGGGAUAAUUUCCGAACUGGAAAAGUCCCGAUCAGAGGAAACCAAGACAGAGAAUGGCACGUCAGAGAGCAGCAACGGAAAGGAGAAGCAGCUUCGUCUUGAGUCACCUGUCUUGACUGGAUUUGAUUAUCAGGAGACAUCUGGUCUGGGUGGGACAGGCCCUGUACAGUCGAGCACAACCUCGUCAUCACUUACCGGCUUUAACAAUUGGUCAGCUGCCAUCCCGCCCGCCCCAUCAACAAUUGUCAACGAGGACGUCAGCUUUUUUAACCCCGCCUCUGCCAACAACGGGCCUCUGCUGUUCCAGAACUUCUCGCACCACGUCAGUCCAGGGUUUGGGGGGAACUUCUCUCCCCAGAUUGGACCGGCUACAGCCUUGUCCCAGCACCAUCCGGCCCCGCCGCCUCACCCGCAUUUCCAACACCCCCACAACCAACACCAGCAGCAUCGACGCUCCCCGGCCUCCCCCCACCCUCCGCCACCCUUCCCGCAUAGGAACCCGGCCUUCAACCAGUUGCCACAUUUGUCCAACAGCUUGAACAAGCCCCCGUCUCCCUGGGGUCCGGCCAGCUACCAGAGCCCCUCUCCUUCCCCCGGCUCGUCUACCUCUUGGAGUCCUGGAGGAGGCUACGGAAGUGGAGGCGGCGGCUGGGGAGGAACUCAGGGCAGAGAUUAUCGCCGUGGGCUUAAUGGAGGAAUGACUCCUAUCAAUUCUAUCUCACCACUGAAGAAGACCUUUCCUAACAACCAUGUGGCCUCCCAGAAGUACCCCAGAAACAGCCCUGCCGGCUUCAACCCAAAGUCAUGGAUGGAUGAUGGAGUAGGUCGCGAUAAUAUUUUCCCUUUUCAGGAACGAACCAGAUCAUUUGACAGUUUCAACAUGAACACUCUGGAGAACUCGCUGAUUGACAUCAUGAGAGCUGAGCAAGACACCCUGAAAGGUCGUCUGGGAUUCCCUCACCCCGGUGGUGACAACCCUUUGCCCCAUAAUGCCAGGAAUUAUAGCAGGAGACGAGGCCACUCCUCUCUGUUUCCAAUGGAGGAUAAUUUCCCCGACGACGAGCGGGCUGAUCAGGGCCUGGCGGGCCUCGGCUCCCCCCACUGCUUCCCGCAUCAGAACGGAGAGCGCGUGGAACGCUACUCGCGGAAGGUCUUUGUUGGCGGACUGCCACCAGACAUAGACGAAGAUGAGAUAACUGCCAGUUUCCGGCGUUUCGGACACCUGUUUGUGGACUGGCCUCACAAAGCAGAGAGCAAGUCCUAUUUUCCACCUAAAGGAUAUGCCUUCCUGCUGUUCCAGGAUGAAAGCUCGGUGCAGGCUUUGAUUGACGCCUGCAUCGAGGAGGAUGGCAAACUGUACCUGUGUGUUUCCAGCCCCACCAUUAAAGAUAAGCCGGUCCAGAUCCGCCCGUGGAACCUGAACGACAGCGAUUUCGUGAUGGAUGGAUCUCAGCCUCUGGAUCCGAGAAAAACCAUCUUUGUGGGAGGAGUUCCUCGUCCGCUCCGUGCAGUGGAACUGGCCAUGAUCAUGGACCGCCUGUACGGCGGCGUUUGCUACGCAGGCAUCGACACAGACCCAGAACUGAAGUACCCCAAGGGAGCGGGGCGGGUCGCCUUCUCUAAUCAGCAGAGCUACAUUGCUGCUAUCAGUGCUCGCUUUGUACAGCUGCAGCACGGAGAAAUCGAUAAACGGGUGGAAGUGAAGCCAUAUGUGCUCGACGACCAGCUGUGCGAUGAGUGCCAGGGGACCCGCUGCGGCGGCAAGUUCGCCCCGUUCUUCUGCGCCAACGUCACCUGCCUGCAGUACUACUGCGAGUACUGCUGGGCGGCCAUCCACUCCCGCGCCGGCCGCGAGUUCCACAAGCCUCUGGUGAAGGAGGGAGGCGACCGACCGCGCCACAUCUCCUUCCGCUGGAACUGAGCGACGGAGAGGGAGAGGCGACAGAGGAGCCGGGGAAGGAGAGGUAGUGCAGGAGGAGUCGCAAAUCGUUGUACAAAUAAAUGCACUUUUCUGUUGCUGGUUCCUUUUUUGCUCUAAUUUCACCUAACAGCAUUUUGUUUUUUUUGGGUUUUAUUUAAAGUUAAUAUAUAUCGAUAUUUUGAAGAUAGAAGAGAAAAACUGGAGUAGUAUCCAAAUAUGUCCAUCUAGUAGAAAAAAAAAUGUAACAUAAUUUUAUUUUUCUUCUUUUUGAAAUAUUUUUAUUAGUUCUCAAAAACACACACAUAUAUAAAUAUAUAUUAAUAUAGGAAAGUUUUGAUGUGUGAUAUGGUACUCUGCUAUUCAAUUGGCAUAUUUUUCUAAAAAGAAUAUUUCCUUUUGAUACAAGAGGCCCUUAAAAACAUCUUUGAUUUGACAUCCAGCUGUCUUAUAUUGUAGCAGAGCUGUGGCCUUUUUUUUCCUUUUGUACAAAGUCUUCACAGCAAAUGCUGCUGAAAAAGUGCAUCAUUGGCUAUUUAUUUCGGAGACGUGGGAUUUAGUUUGCUAUUGCUGCAAAUGGCUCCAGAGCAAAUGUGAUUAACAAAGGUGUUGCUGAAGAAGAGUGCACUUAUUUUCUGUUUUAAAGAGUGAAGACAUCUUAUAUGAGACCCUUUUGUAGUUAACCAAAGCUGAAUCCUAAUUACCUUUGAAGAACUGAAAGGGCCUACUACAGGAAGAAAUUGAGUCUUUUUUUUUUCUCCUGUUUGUAAAACAAAAAACAAAAUCCCUCUUAUAUGUUCCAAGACCAUACAGACAUUUUGACGUUACUUGGAUAAAGAAAGAAAAAACAAAACAAAUUCAAGCAACACAGAUUUGGGUUUCGAUCUCCAUUUUUUCACAUGCAAAAACCAAUACCUCAAACUCAGCUGCUAAUGUGCCGAAUACAUUAAGAAGAUAAAUAACAGCAAGUAAGCGAGAAAAGGAAAAACAAUACCACUCACUGGUGUUAAGCUUCCCUUUGUGAGAAUCAGAGGGAAGUGAUGCAACAGAUAGAGAGCGACCUAACAGGCACAGUUUUAUACGCGCUUGCUUCAUCACCUCCUUAUUUUUGUAAUCAAACCCAGGGUUGUGCUGUGGGGGGAGGGGUAAAGUAUCGUACAGUGUACAGUUUAGUGUGGGAAUGUGUGGCUAAGGGGUGAUGUGGGGCGAAAAGAUGCAGACAGCCUUGCUUCCCUCAUGUCUGCUUGUGGGCUCUAGAAAAGACCAGCAGCUAACAGGGAACAGAGGCUGGAUCACAAAACCUGAGAGUUUGGAUUCAGAUUAUUCGGGACGUGAGGUGAAGGUACAACGCCGUUUAGAAGUAUUUCCUCGCUCUCUAUCCUUUUCACAUUUUGGUAACUCGCAUGUUAUUAAAGCCCACAGUCUCUUGAUGGUGUUUCUGUUUCUUUUGCCCAUUCAAUCCGCACAGCGAGGCUCCAUGUCUGGGCUUCAGUUUGAUUCAGGUCUGUACUUUGACUGGGCCUUUCUAUCACAGCCACGCCUUGAUCAAAACUAAUUCCACUGCAGAGUUGGCUAGUUAGGACGAUGCUACGCUAGAAACUCUCUACCAAUCUACAUCCCCACAACAUGAUCCUUCCUCCACCAUGUUUUACCCUGUGGAGAUAAGUUGCAUUGGACUCUGUAGCGUUAGCAACUUAGAAAGGGAUUCAUUUCUUUCUACUUGAAUUUCUAUACUACUUCAGGCAUCCCUAUCAUAUAAAAUCCUAAAGUAAACAGAAAUGUGAAAAGGUUUAAUGGGCUGCGAGUGCAUUUGCUAGGCGUCUCCUCUUCCGCGCUGUCCAAGCAGUAUCCUGAUUGGCUGCCUCCAAACAGGAAGCCCCUGUCUCUGCUGGUUCCCAUUAAAAACCCAUUUGUGCAAUUCUCCUGAGUCUUUUAACGACAGAAGUGCUCCUUUUGUAUCCAGGAGUGAAAGCGGCGCUCCGCGAAAGCAUGCAGUGCGAGUUGAUCCGCUUCGCACAUCGUCGGCACGCGUUCGAUUCAUGGAGGGAACGACCCCUCCAUCCUUUGUGUUGUUUUUUUUGUUUGUUUUUGCUGCCAAGUGAGUCCAACUCAGCAUCCAGUGUUUUAGAAGCAUAAAUGAAGAUAGUCUCUUGCAUGUUUUUUUUUCUUCCUUAUUUUUACAAACUAAAGUUUAUUUAUCUACAUAUAUGCUCAUCAAUGCAUCACUCCGACCCAGUUUUUGGUUCACUGUCAAGCCCUGGUGGACUUCAACAAACCAAAGAUUGGCCUUUGAACACGAUGCAGACGGUGCAGAUAUAUAUUCAACAGUAAACAUUAUAAGUGGAAAAUCCAACAGGGCUUUGCAGAUGAAGACCCCGGCUCAAAGGGGCGGUGGCCCUGUCAGGCACGUGUAGUUCUUUUGUUGUUUUUUUUAUCUCAAACACUUCUGCAAGUUUAAAAUGCACAUUCCCACAGUGAAGGUGAAAAGUAAUCCUCAUAUCUUUUCUUUGGUGUCACCGUGGCGACCUUCUAGCCGAGCAUUUAAAUGUCAGGGAGUUUAGUACCGAAACUUGAUUUAUUAACACACACUAGUGAGAAUCCUCAUAUCUUCGGGGCGGAGGGAGGGGGUGUAGUUUUGCGCCCCGAGCGUCAGUUUUUUCGGGUGAGCAUUUUAGAAGUAAAAAAAAAACACUUUGUGAAGAAUUUGCUGUUUAAAUGAGAAGAAAAAAAAAGAUUAUUUUAUACAUGGCCUGCUGAUUUUUUGGUACAGUGUUUUCUAGCUAAAUUAUUUUGUCAUGCACAUAUAAACAUUUAUUAUGCACUACUUUUCUAAAUAUUUCUUUUUUUUUUUCUUCCUUUUUUUUGUCUUUUUUUCCCAAACAGUCAUUUUAGGCACAUUUUUCACAAAUAUGGGGAAACUCCUUUUUGCAAUACCUCAAUUUUUCACAUUGUGAAAGGUAGCUUUUGUACUUUUGUUACUGAGAGAUCUGCGUAUACGGAGAUGUUUCGUUUUACGAAAAAAAAAGGACAAAAAAAGUUGACUGCUUUCAAUAUAUAUUAUUAUUUUCAAUUAUGCUUUUUAUACAUUUCCGUGCUGAGGAGUCUUUACAACUUUACGAGUGUGCAGUUGUGUUGAUGCGACUUCAGAUCUGCAGAGGAUAGACCAAAGCGGAACACUCUCGGUCUUUGUUUUUUUUUUUUUUUUGGUUUUGUUUUGGUCGUACACUAGUUGUCGAUUUGGUCAAUAAAAGCAUGGCAGGAAGAGAAAAAGGACAAAAAAAAAAAGUUGUAAUUUGGAUUUGAUGUAAAUGUCUCCGACCUUGGCUGUGUUAGUUUGGGGGGAAAUGGUAACUUCUGUCUUGGUUUCCUCUCCAUAGAUGGAGCGUAACAUAAAGAGGAGAAUGCAAAAUCUGGUUCAUGCUUCAUGCUGAAUCUCGUACCACAAGAAUGGAUGUUUGGUGUUUUAGAUAUUUUAAUAUUUGAAAAAAAAAAAUCUAUAUACAUAUUCAUAUAUAAAUAUAUAUAUAUAUUCUUGAACUUGCCAACUAGCACCUAUUGUAAUCCUUAGCAUGCAUGAUGGAAAAAAAAAAGACAAAUACAUGAAUUAGAUAUUACAAUUAACUGUUGUGGUGUGCACCAAAUGUUUCUCAACUUAUUACGUUAAGGACACCUCAGCUCACCCCCUCCCCUCGUGUCGAUUCCCUCCGUUUCCCCUUAUCCGCAGACCUCUGCAGGGAUGCACACGACAGAGAGAGAAAUAUCUUUAAUCCGAUGCGGCAGUGCAGGACUUUGAGCAUCUGUGUGGGAAAAAAAAAACGAAACAAACAAAAACGAUAAAAAAAAAAAA